AUGAUGCAGGCCGAGGUCGACGACGGCGCGGCCUCUGUCGAUGUGGCUCACGCUGUGCUUUUGCAUGAAGCACAGGCGAUGGCCAGGCUAUCGGACAAGUUUUCGCAGAAUCGCUUGGCCAUGCAACGCGCUGUGCACGCCACGCGUGCGGCUCGGGGCAAGCUGGUCUUGGUGGGCGUGGGCAAAAGUGGUCUGAUAGCCCGCAAAAUUGCGUCGACGCUCACAUCUCUCGGCACGCUGGCGUGUUUUUUGCACCCCGUCGAGGCGCUGCAUGGCGAUAUUGGCGUCGUGCAGCCGGGCGAGGAUGUGAUUAUGGCUCUUUCGUAUUCGGGUGAAUCGCCUGAGCUCCUGACGUUUAUGCAGCUGCCGCAGUCUCAGCGGUGCGUGCGUAUUGUCAUGUCGGCGAAUCCCAGAGGGCGACUGGUACCGCUGGGCGACAUUUGGCUGGAUUGUGGCUCUUCGAUCGAGGUGACUGACGCGGCCUCCGGGCCGUUUUCUACCUCGUCGAGCGAGGCAUGCCCUUAUAUACCGGCGCCGACGACGAGUACGACGACGAUGCUGGCUCUGGGUGAUGCGUUCUCGAUGGCACUCACGCAUGCCAAGGGUAUUCAGUGCCAGACGUUUUUUGCGAACCAUCCGGGCGGGAAUUUGGGCCAGGUGUUCCCCAUGCAACAGCGUCUAUCGAAAAACUAG